GAUGCUCUUGGACAAAGACAUCAGACAGCAGAGGACACCCCGGUUGAUUAAACCCCAGAACGCAAGGUGGCUCUGUGGUCACUUUUCUUGGCUACGGUCAACUGACGUACAUCCUGUUUCCGCUCCUAGUUCACUGUAAGAGAAAAUGGAACCUUGAAACCAAACACAAUUUUCGAAGACAAAAGGAAAAAAAGAAUCAUCACAACAUCACGACCAAGACACACAUUUCCAUCAGCUGGUCGUGAAACCUGUUGUGGUGGGCGAGUAUGGAAGGUUCGGACAAUGCAGAGCAAGGUGGUGGCAGCGACCAGUCGGACUCUCAACGGAGACGUCAGUUGGCACGCCUCGACAGGGAGGAGGCCUUCUACCAGUUUGUAAACAACCUCAGCGAGGAGGACUAUAGAUUGAUGAGGGACAACAAUCUUCUCGGCAACCCUGGUGAGAUCACAGAGGAGGAGCUGCUGACCCGGUUGCAGCAGGUGAAGGAUGGCGGGCCGCGGCCGGCAACAGGCACCGCCCCGAACGGUGCCAGCGCCAGUGCCAGUCCCAGUGACAGCCCCAGUGCCAGCACCAGCGAUGGCGGCGUCGGCAGCAGUGAUGAACGCAGGCCAGAGGCCGCUGAUCUGGAGGAGGGCGGCGAGCCCCCCAACGGCGACACGCUGCUGGACUGGCUGAACACCGUGCGGCGCACGGGCAACACCACGCGUUCGGGCCACCGCGGCAACCAGUCCUGGCGCGCCGUCAGCCGAACCAACCCCAGCAGCGGAGACUUCCGCUUCAGCCUGGAGAUCAACAUCAACCGCAGCCUGGCAACCGAGCAGGAGACGCAGACAGAGGGGGCGGCGGCGGCCGGGGCCGGGGCGUCUGCGUCUGCAGAGCAGGCGCAGGAGCAAGAGCAGCAGCAGGAGCAGGAGACUGGUGGAGACGCAGGAUCAACCACCACCACGACCAAUGCGGCAGUGCCAGCACCUCCAUCUGGGGAGGACCACGAAGAGGCUGGUGGCGACCCCGCGGAGGAGGUGGCCCAAGAAGAGGUGGCGAGUGAGGGCACUACUGCUCCAGAAGAAGAAGAAGAAGAAGAAGAAGAAGAGGAGGAGGAGGAGGAGCCCAUGGAGCUGGAAGAGGAGCCAGUGGUAGAGGAGCUGGCGGUGAUUGUGGAGCCCGAACUCUCUCCACCCAGCACACGGCCUGCCAGCCCACAGCCCCUCCAGGUGCCCGUGGCUGUGCCAAUACCCGUACCCGUACCUGUGGCUGUGCCCAUACCCGUACACGUGCCCAUCCCCAUCACCAUCCCAACUCCUCCGCCCAGGCAGGCGGCACGAGCAGCGGCCAUAGUGGCAGCGGCGGCGGCGGCACGAGCAAGAUUAGCGGCGGCGACGGCGGCGGCGGCAGCCACACUAGCGGAGCCCCCGCAGACGCGGCGCGGAGUGGUGCGCCCCCGCAGCCGGAGCCCCGAGCAGCGCCGCACCCGCGCCUGCACGGCCCGCAGCCGCUCGCCCCACACCCUGGACCGCAUGGACGGCCUGCCCCCGGCGCCCACCCUCCCCGAGCCGCCGCUGCCUCCUCCUCCUCUCGCCCCUCCGCCACCUCCCCCGCCCGCACACAUGGAGGGCAGCUCGCGCACCCGCCAGCACAUCCGCACGCCGCGCGGCAGCGAGUACGCCGCCGCCACCGCCGCCGAGAGCUUGGACCACCAGGCGUUCCUGGCAGCCGCCAGUGGCUACGGCUCCACCGAAGCCCCAACAACAACAACAACAACACCGCCAACAGCUACGGCUGCGGCCGCCGCCGCCACUGCUGCCCAGGAUGAGGAGCCCGCGGCUGGGGAGGCCGGCGCUGGACGCAGGCCCCCCACCAUCAGGCUGGACCUGCAGGUGCGGAGGGUGAGGCCGGGAGAGUACCGGCAGAGGGACAGUAUCGCCAGCCGCACGCGCUCUCGAUCCCAGCCUGCCAGCACGCACAACAACAGCAACAGCAACAGCAGCAGCACUAGUAGUAGUGGCGGCAGCAGCAGUACCAGUGGUAGUAGCAGUAGUAGCAGUAGUGGAGCUAGCAGCGCCAACGCCCCAGGGACUGGCAACAGCGGAGGGGCAACCGCGGCUGCCGGGGGCAACAACACCUUCCUGUACGAGACGGAGCAGGGCGGCUUCCGCCGGACGUUCUCGCGGUCGGAGCGCGCCGGCGUGCGCACCUACAUUAGCACCAUCCGCAUCCCCAUACGGCGCAUCUCGGACGCCGGGCUGGGCGAGGCCACCUCCGUGGCGCUACAGUCCAUGAUCCGACACAUCCUGACGGGCUUCGGCGAGCUCAGCUACUUCAUGGACUCGGACUCGGACUCGUCCGACUCGCCCCGAGCCAGCGGGCCCGGCGGGGGCGCUGGCGACGCGCCACCACCGCCAGGCUCGGACGCCGCCGCGCUCCUCGCCGCCUCCGGGGGCGCCGCAGGCUUCUCGGCCGCCUUGGCCCAAGCCGGCGGAUCCGGUGGUGGUGCGGCCGGCGCCGCGCAGCCCGAAGACCGCGACAGGGACUCCACGGCCGACGGCGGCGUCGCCGUGGAACUGCCCGCCUCCGUGGUGGACGGUAGCGGCCGCACCCGGGGCCCCAUCAGCCUGGAGGAGACGGGCUCGCUGCCGUUCCUGCGCCUGGCGCACUUCUUCCUCCUGAACGACGACGACGAGGACACGCCCCGCGGGCUCACCAAGGAGCAGAUCGACAACCUGGCCACGCGCAACUUCGGCGAGAGCGACGCCCUCAAGACGUGUAGCGUCUGCAUCACCGAGUACGCGCAGGGCCACAAGCUGCGCAAGCUCCCCUGCCAGCACGAGUACCACGUGCACUGCAUCGACCGCUGGCUCUCAGAGAACUCCACCUGUCCCAUCUGCCGACGCGCCGUACUGGCCACCACCAACAGGGAGAGUGUCGUCUGAAGAAAAGCCCGCAGCGCAGUCCCUCCAACCCGACCCAACCGCCAACACCCACGUUUUUAUUUUGUGGAGAAACGUCUUUUAGUAACUUCCAUCCUCCCUCCACUGGUCUGAGCGUCUCAGACAAAGACGUUCUCCCCCCUCCCUCCUCCCCUCACACCUGUUCAUUUUGUUGGUCUCCCUUUCCUCUUCUCCCUCUACUUCUUCUUUUGCUGCUUUCCCAGAGUCUGGGCAAUGUUUUGCUGCCCGGAUGGGGCGUUUAUUUUUGUAUUUUUUAUUUUUAAGCAAUCAGUAUGCCUACCCUUGCAUCUUAAGCGCAGGGUAGGCGAGGCUGUGGGGAAUGGAAUGGAAUGGAAGGGGAGGAGUGUAGAUAUCGGGAUGGGGAUACUUGGCUGAUGAUGCUAACUGUCCAGACUUAACCGUACUCAGACGUCGGUCUUGAGCAUGUGUUCCCCUGUCCAUGGAGGAGGAGGAAGAGGAGUGUUUGGAAAGGUGGGCUGGUUGGCGGUUGGGAUGCUGCCAAGAAUAUUCGGGAGUUACAUGAAGUAGAACGAAAAGGACCGCAUGUUGUGCUCACAUACACACACACACACAUACACGUGUGCACACGCACACACACACGCACAUACGCUCUCGUCUUGGACCCUCGCAGCUGGGCUCAGUCAGUGAAGCGCCGCCCGCCCCUCUUCUCCAAGAAGUCGGUUACAAGGUGCAGAAGACGUUCUCUCCCAGGAGUCAAGAGACUGAAGUGUGUUCAAAGGAAGAAAAGAAAAUGUGUGGGCGUGUUUCUGUGUUUAAGUUAAAUAUUGUUGGAGGGAAGGCAAAGCCCAGUUCAUUGUGUGGCUAAAUAGUUUUAAGAUUUCAGUGUGCAGUCACAAUUACUAACCAGUGGGUGAAAAUAUAGCUUCCCUCCCAGUUCAGAUGUUAAUUGCGAGUGCAAAGGUGUUGUUUUCAUACUUUAGACCAAAUGAUAUCUAAUAAUAUACCCCUGAAGUACAUCAUUGAGCUGCAUCUGUUAUUUCUCCUCUUUUUUUAAAUGAUUGAAUGUCUACAGUUAACAGACAACUAAGCCUAGGGGCUUUUUUUGCAAAUGGGGGCAUUUUGAAAUCAUUCCGUCUGUAAAAAAAAAAAAAACACAAACAAACACAAAAAAUCCCCAACAUAAUAGUUUUGUAAAACAUUGUAAGCUAUGAUGAAUGUGUUGCCACAAACAAAAAGAAAUGUCGGAAGACUUUUUUUGUUAAAAAGUACUUAAAAACCAUUAAACAUCAAGCGGUGUUAACCCCUGAAAAUGACCCAGA